GACACAUCAACAUGCCUUAGAACGUUGUUAAACACGCACCGUUUAUCACACAACUUACACCGCGAUAUUUCUCAGGUAUUGUAAUCUCAAAAAUUUGACCGACGGAGCCAAAAAAUAUUGAAAACGUCGGUCACCACGGCCUCUGCUUGUGCAUGCUGGCUGACGGAGAACGGAGACAGACCAGUUUGUGCGGCUGUCGGUCGACGCUUUGAGGUGGUAUCGCUGUUUUUCUUGCAUCCACUCCGAAUGCGAUGACAAUUCAGGGCUCGGUGUGAGCUGGAAAAAUUCUUUUGUUAACCCCUUGCAAAAUGGCAAAUUUAACGAACGCGACGAGUGGCGACGCCGAGGUCAAGACGAAGGUGAAAUCCGACCCUGAGGAGGACUGUUGCAGCUCGACCAGCCGCCUUGGGUUCGACCCUCAGACCAUUCCUCCCCCCCUCGGAUCGCUCACGAUAGAAGAAUGCCCCAAGAAGAAAGUACUCUCGUUGAAAACAAUUUUGGAGCGGGAUCCUGUCGCUGCUGACGUAAAGUGGUCUCUCUUCGUCGCUGCCUCUCACAGCUACAGAUAUGACUCAUGCCUCAGACCUUAUCCCCCGAUGUACGUUAGGAACGAAUGCAAAGACAUCGAGGCUCUGAGGGAAGCCAUCCAGACAAUACCUCCACUCUCCAUAGUCAUUCGCCAAUUAGACGAGCCUGAUGUUUAUGAAAACAACUCAGCUGCGGUCGAUUUGCUGUACUGGGUUCUUGUUAGACUUAGAGACCCGCAGAUCAAGAGCGUAAACAAAGAAUGUUAUGACUCUGUGCUGAAGCGUGUUCCCUCUGAAAUGGCAGUGGCACCUCCUAAUCUAAUAUUCCAAGUUGCAAGCACCAAGCAGUCCCCGUUUGAGGAGAGGUGGAGAACAGCUGCCCAGGGACACACGACCCUUUACGCUUACCACGGCAGUCGACUGGAGAAUUUCCACUCAAUAAUCCACUACGGCUUACAGCAGAACAUGUGCAAGAGAUCUCUCUACGGCACAGGCAUCUACUUCUCUAGCGAACUGGGUGUCAGCUUGCCUUACAGUCCUGUUGGAUACGGAUGGGGCGGCAGCAUGCAUGGCAGUCAAUUAAGCUGCGUCGCUUUGUGUGAGCUCAUCAAUCACCCCGACAUGAAAAGAGGGGACUCAGAGGAUGCAGCAAGAAAUACUGUAUUCGAUGCAAUGAGUGGCAAAGUUCCAAACAAGUACUAUCUCGUUGUAAAUAGCGAUUUAGUUCGUAUCAGAUACCUGCUGGUUUAUAGCCAAGAGUUUUCUUCCUCAAGGCACAAGGAAGGACGAGGAUUGGUUGCCUGGUUCAGAAGGCACAAGCUGCUCACUUUUGUUCUUGGCUAUGUGGUUCUGUUGGCAUCUGUCGGGCUGACUCACAACAAGUACGUUGAAAAGUAUUGCAGACUGUUUAUCCAAAAAGUUGGAUUCCAGUAGUCGACUAGGUUGAGAUUUAUCACACCAUACUUUAACGAUUCCCAAAGCUUAUCAUCCAGACUGUCGUUAGUAUGAAAUUCAAUUUUUUUCACAUGCAUUUGUAAGUACAGACCCUUAAAUCGAUUCUGACCCAUACAAGGUCACCGAUGGUGUCUGUCUCCUAUAUUAAACAGGCGGUAGCAGACUACACUGUUGGCCUUAAAUGGGUCAAAAUCAAUCUGAGGGUCUGUACCUGCAAAAGGCAAUCGAAGACCAUAAUAUCUACAAAUUUGUCAAGAAAACCAGAAGCAAAAUUUUGGUUCGCAACGUUUACACUACUUUGAUAUUAGUGGUGAUUAUAAGCAACUUGCAGCAGCACUACGAAUACUCCCAGAGUCACACACAUCAUUCAAAGCAAAUCGAUUAACGGUAGUCGUGCGAAAAUAUGAUUUUUUUAAGUAUUAUUUGAGCAGUUUUUUAAUUAUUUACAUUGAUAUAAUAAUUAUAGAUGAAAAUCAUCAGAUUCAUACUGUGAUAGUUGGUAACGCACGUUUAGUGCCUUGUUAGAGUGAUUGGAAAGUUUUCUGUGACCAAAUAGUCGUCCUCAAAUACGACGAUUAGGUUUACUUCGAACUCUGCAAGAAUAUAAAUUAAAUUAAGUAUGAUUCGUGUUUCAACACGAUUAUUGAAGAUACCCUGCACACUUACCAACUUUGAAAUUACUUGUAUUCAAUGUCGGACAGGUAAACAGACGUGGGAAAAUCAUGUAAAUUGGUAUCGCUAGCCCAGUGCAAACGUUACCUUCUCCUAUUUGUAUAUUUUGUAUCUCUGUAGCUGUAGCAAUAAUAAUAACAAAAAUCAAUUUAUGGAAUAAACAUUUUCAA